AUAUGUAGAUUUGACACUAUCAGACUGAACAGAAAGAAAAUGAUUGCAUUUGUACCUCCACAAGUGCUUCAGGUUCUUUUGCUAAUUAAUUACCAGCUGGACUCACUCUGAUUGGAUCUUUUUAUCCAUUUGAAUGGCCCUUGUUUGCAAUAGUAAUGGAUCACAUGAUUUUUUUAUUUUUUGCUUUUUAGCCUUCCUUUCUUCUGUCUCCUGUUUUCUGAGGAUUUCACUUUAUCUGCAAUCUACAAGCUAGUAUUGUAGUUACACUGAUUUACACUUCAGUCCCAGUAUCCUGGCUGAACCUAAGUUUGCUAUGAAAGUGGAUGUACUAGAAAUAUCAAGAAGGGCUUCUACAGGCUGUUGAAGAAGAAAGGAACACGCUUGUUAAAGCAUUAGGCUGCACAGAACGCUGACUUCUGAUCUCAUCACUGCUAAUCCCAUUGUUGGAAUUGAGAGGGAGGAGACUGAUUGUGUGCUUACGUAUAUAGGAAGAAUGGCACCUUCUCGGUCUAAAGCAGAACGCAAAACAUCCAGAGAACAGAAAGCUGAGCAUGGCAGCCAGGAAAUAACAGCACAUGUUUCUCGGAAAAAGAAAAAGCAUGUUGACGAAUCAAAGAACCAGGACAGAAGGCUGAAGAAAAGAAAGAGCAAUGAGAGAACUAAUUCUGAAGAUUCAUUCUCUGAUGAGGAUGGGGUUCCUGUUGUCUCCGUGCAGGGCCCAGCAAAGGGCAAGGGAGAGGUGAGAAGGCUGAAGGAAGGAAGGAAGAGUAGUUUCAAGAAAGAAGGAAAAGAGAAGAGAAGUUCCAAGGUCAGAGAAUGUCAUUCUGAUAGAAGACAUGGGGAGCAGUUAAUGUGCAAGGGAGAGAAGAACGGAAGAAGGGUUGUGAGGCAAGAUGAUCCGAUUUCAGGACAAUGGCACAAUGCCAGCGUGAAAAGCUGUGAGUCAAAGGACACUGAAGACAAUGAGAAACACAACUUGAAAAGGAAACGUAAGAAGCAACCAAGCAAGAGAAAGAAUAUCGCUGAUACUGAGUCCCUCACAAUAGAAAAUGAACAAGGUUCCCCUUGGAAGAAGCAAGAGUCAUACCAGAGAAGUCAUAUUGAAAGCAAGGAACAAUGUAAGAGGAAGCCUCGCUAUAAGGCUAGUGGUAAGACUACCAGAGAAAAAAAUGGAGGGCACAAGAAGACACAUACUAGGAAGUCAGCUAGAAUACUUUCCAAAGCAAAUCCUGUGGAUUCAGAAGGUUCAUCAUCAUCAUCAUCUUCAAACUCCCAAGAUAAAUACAGUUUGAACCAAAGAAUGGGAGAUAAAGAGACUGGAAAGGACAAGUUCAAAGUCAGAGAGCGUAGACAGAACUCUUUGGACGAUGAUAAUGAAGAGCUCUGUUCUAAGAAAGUGUUACCCACUAUUGGGGAAGAUCAACCUGCAGGCAAAACUAGUGACUGUCAAGAACUUCAGGAAACAGCCAGUGAAAGUGAAGGAAAGUCAGAGAUCAUAGCAGCAAGACAAGAGGCUGAGAAUGAAGAGAGUCACUCUGAGAUAGAAGAGAAAAUAAAAGGGAGUGAUAAAAGAUAUGUGGCAAGAAAAGUUACAGCAAGUGAUAAUGAUGAGCAAAGUGGUGACUCAGACAAUUGCAGUAGUAGCCCUACAGAGGAAGAGAGCAAUGAUGGGGAGCAUGGAAAUCUUUCAGAAAAAGGGAGUGGCAAAGAAGCCUCUGAUUAUGAGCAGAGUAUACCUGGAAGUGAAGAGGAAAGUGAGGUGAGCAGCUUUGCAAAAAGAAAAAGUAGAAACAAGAAAAGAUCAAAGCUCCUCAAGUUUGGCUCGAACAAAAAUCCUCAAGAGAACCACCAGACGGAAGAGAACAUGAGUGUCAGUGACAAAACAACCACUUCCUCACUACAACUAAUAAAGCACAAAAGUGAAUAUCGUGGUAAGACUGAUCCAUCCAAACAAGACAUGCAUUUGGAAGAGCAAACAAGCCGAGAUGCAAGUUCAAGAGUAGAUGCAGUGGCCUUGCUCGAAAAGAGAUAUAGCCAUCUGACUUCACAAUCCCAAAUUCUGCUAAGCCUAAAAAGCAGACAUAAGGAUGCUAAAGCCAAACUAUUGACAAGUGGCAGUUGUCCUAAGGCAGCAGAAAUUGGCUCUGAUUUGAAGAAGGCUGGAAGCAUUCAUCCAAAAAAGAGUACCAAAAAAAAUGACAAAAUGGUUUCCAGAGCCAAGGAGAUUAAAGAAUCAAGUCUCUCUACUGCUUCAAGCUCAAACGUUAACACUAGAAAGCUUUCUGUUGAGAAGAAAAAGAAAAUUGGAAAAGUAACUGGAAAUGUCAAAAUGGCUUCAAAUCAGGUCCUGGAGACAAGAGAGGAAGAGGAGUUAGUGGAGGAACAAACUGUUGAAGAUGCUGCUGGAAAAGGCACAAUCUCUUCUAAGCAAACGAGAUCCAAAUCUCUACAAACCCUUUCAGCGUUUAAGAAAGUGACCCAUUGGCUUAGCCAUAAGCCUCCCAAGAAAGCAAGCUUGAAAGAUCGCUUCUUACGCAUAGCACAUGCAGUUGGCCUUUCAGGAUGGCUCUUCAAGAAAUUUGGCAAGAAGAAGAGCAAUAAAUCAUUUGGAUUCAGGAGAAGAAUGGUCAUUCGGGUUGUUGGCACUGUUGGGCUGGCCAAGAGAUGUGGCAGGCCUUUCCAUGACUCAACGGGGGAGCAAAUGAAGAAGAACUUGUGUAAAAAAGGGUCUUCCUGUUCCUUGUUAGAAUGUGAUCAAACCGGAGAUGAAGAUACAGUUGUGAACAAAGAACUGGAAGACGGAGCAAAACCUCUGCUGAUGAAUCUCAGUGGACAGUCCGAGGAAGAGAAAAGCAGUAUCACGGAUGCCAAGUUUGCCAUUGUGUUCCCCAGGGUCCAUCAGUUGGUGAAGUCCAAAAAUGCUUCUCUUGAAAUUGACUGUAGGGGACCACAGCUGCAGUCAUGUGACCAACCAAGCAGGAAAACAGUAAUAUCUGUCCAGCCAGAUGCUAAAUUGCAACAUGAAUAUUCUAAGCCAAAUGGCCAAAGGAAUAGUCAAGUGCUUCCUUGCAGUCCUCAAGCUGAUGUAUCUAUACCAGUUGAAGGAAGGGUGUUACAAGACUCUGUACCUUCCAGCUUGGGGGAAGAUGACAAGGCAGACCUCACCCAGAGGAGCACGCCAGAAACCUUGGAACAAGUGCACUGGACUCAGCACCAGCCUUUUACAUGUGACCCUACCGCUUGGCUGAAUUCUGAAACGCUGCUCCCACGGUUCACCAUUGAGAACUUAAGCAAGUGGACUUUAUAUAAAGAGCAGGAUCUGGCCAAGUCUCCUAGGUCAAAAAAAGCAUUGCAGGGAAGGUGGGAGGCAGAAGAUGUCACUGAAGAUGUCCUUGAGAUGGACAUGAUGCAAAAGCAGAUGUACAAAGAUGAGGAUUGCUACAUGGAAUUUGAAAAAGUGGAGGACCUUUCCAGGUUGGAGGAAGUCAGCGAAAGCUCUGUGCUGCUGUGCCUGAAAAAGAGAUUCCAUCACAACUUUAUUUAUACCUACAUUGGGCAUAUCUUGAUCUGUAUCAAUCCUUUCAAGCCACUCAGCCUUUUUUCAGAAGAUGUGGUGAUCCAGUACCAGAAUGGCCUGCUCUCCAGAAAUGCACCACAUAUAUUUGCCAUCACAGAAAUGGCAUAUGCCUUCUCUCAGAGCUCAGAGAAAGAGCAGUGCAUUGUCCUCAGUGGACACAGUGGCUCGGGAAAGACUGAAACUGCCAAAGCGAUCAUCCUCUAUUUGUCCAGGCUAUACCAAAGGCAAGAAAGCCAUGGGAUAAAGCAAACAUCUGAUGUGUUACCCAUCUUGGAAAGUUUUGGAAAUGCAAAGACCAUCUUAAAUGACAACUCCAGCCGCUUUGGAAAGUUCUUGCAUGUCCACCUAAGACACGGAUUUAUGGUGGGUACGUCCAUCUCUCAGUACCUUUUGGAGAAGUCCAGAGUUGUUUUUCAGGGCCGAGGUGAAAGGAGCUUUCAUGUGUUUUAUGAGCUGCUGUGUGGUCUUCCAGUAGGACAAAAAGAGGAACUUUACCUGCAAGAGGCAGAGACUUACUUUUAUCUAAACCAGGGCCGAGUGUGUGAGCUUCCAGGAAAGCGGGAUGAUCACGAUUUUCUGGUCUUAAUUAAGGCUCUCCAGAUGAUAGGUCUCUCCAGUGACCAGCUGAACUCCAUCUGGGCAGUGCUCUCUGGCAUACUGCAGUUGGGAAACAUCUGUUUUACAUCCUGUGAGAAAGAAUCCUCUGAGUUUGCACUCAUCCCCAGUGAAACGGAAAUCCAGAUUGUUGCCAGUUUGCUGCAUAUUUCAGCAGAUCUUCUUCAAAGGGCCAUCACCCACCGAGUCACUGAAACAUGUUAUGACCGGAUAUUCACUCCAUUGUCAGUAGAAAGUGCUAUAGAUGCCAGGAUCUCGGGGUGAACAGCCUGGAACAGCUGUGCAUUAACUUUGCCAAUGAACACCUCCAGCACUUCUUCAGCAGAAUAGUCAUCACCCAAGAGGAGGAGGAGUAUGCAGAAGAAGA